AAGUUGGAUAAAAGAAGUACAAACCAGUGAUUAUGACGACAUUGAUAGUAAUGUUGAAAGUGACUAUGAAGAUGAUGCAGAUGAUAUGAUGGCAGUGAGAAGGAUCGAAGUGGAAGAUCUAGGUGUAAAAAAUAAUAAAGGAAAAGUGAAGUUGCAUGAAAUAGAACCCAUAGAAUAUGAGGAUUUGGAUGGGUUAGCAUUUAGUAAUUGGGUUAAUUAUUAG